AUGUCGGGAACGGCACGUCCUUCACGACGGCGUCAGUCGGUACGCCACUACACGGACGACAAUCCCAAUACCUUUACGGUCAAACCGUCUCGCAGUACGGCAGUGGAUCAUACCAACCCCGACGACCACCACAACCCUGGGGGACGAGUCCGUGCCCGGACGACCGCGAGACGGAGACCAUCACCACCCGUCGUCGUCAAUCACAACCCGACGCGGAAACGUCGACGGGAGGAAACCGUCCGUUCCGAGACGCAUUCCAAUACCGUCCGAACCACUCCCCACAAUAACAACAACAACAAAACCUCGUGGGUUACCAAGCUCGUCUUUCGACAACGUUCCAUGGUCCCCGCGUCCGAUGGAACGGGGGACACCGCGCACCGUCCCACCGAUACCUGUCUGUCACACGACGUAAGUUUCCAACCCCUCUGGUGGCCUGCCAACGACAACAACAACAACAACAACAAUAGCAGUACUACCACAACUCCCUCUACCGGCGUUACCAAUCGCGUCCGCAACACACUGCCACCGCCGCCCCCACCCACGUGGACGCCUCUCCGACCCGCUUCGGCCGUGCGCUUGGCGCGAGACGGACACGGCGAGCCCCUGCAAUUGCCACCGCCCGCGAUCACGUCUUGGGAAAACCGUCGCGACGGAGGUGGAAUCUGUGUCGGCGACGCCGCCGGGACCGUCACGCUCUACUACGGCGACCCCUCCCACGGAAUUCCCGGACAGUCUCUCGACACCACCGCGGCACUCCGGGAAGCCCAACGACCCAUUCUUUCCAAAAAGGUCAUGGUCUAUCCCAACGCCGUCACCCACGCAUCCUGGCAACAACACGUCGUUGUGCUCGAAACCCUCAGCGAAUUGGAAGCCUGGAACGUACGGACCCACACGCGUUUGUGGACCCUGCCCCUGGGUAACGCUCGCCACGAUCACGACGAAGCCGCGACGAACGAUUCCAACCUGCCUGUGGGUGUGACCACCACUCCACCGUUGGUACCCUUGGAUCUACAGGUAUGGCCCCAUGAUGCCACCCAGAAUCAUACGGACUAUUCCUGUCGGGUCCUCUUUCUACCAUCCAGUAGUCACGUGCAAUUGGAUGUGAGCACCAUCACCGACGACGCCGAAGCGAGCCAUCCAAGCCUGGAUGUGGUCAAACUCUACUGCUUGGAAUUUUCCACGGGAACCACGGCGUCACUGCCGGCAUCCCCGUCCACCACGCUAACGACGAAAAGAACCACACCACGCAUCCGAUCCCUUGUGCCGGAAGGAUACAACGCAAGUACCUUUCUUUGUCACGCAGCCGUCUGGGAUACCCCGGGGGCACCCCACCAACCCCCACGCAUGGCCCUGCUGGUGGCACAAAUGUUCGUGGACGACACGCUACAACUGCUCCGCGUCGAUACCGAAACCUCCGGCGAGGCGGACAACGCGUACGCGAUUAUACGAGACCAAUCCGCCUUGACUGCCGUCCCGUCCAAGACAUCCGUCCUGGAUUGUUCCCUCACCCUCACGCCCGACUGCGUCUUAAUCUGCACACCCCGUGGCAUUCGCUGUCACGACCGCGCCACCCUGCAACCCCUUACGGUGUACGGAGAACACGUGGCCUUGCACGGACAAACGGUAUGCUGGCAACGCUGUUUGUGGGUGCCGGAACCCGCGUCGACCGGUCGCGGCGGUGCCGCCGUGUCCGCGUCCGGACCGUUCGAAAAAGCCGCGACGGUGACCAACAAGAAGAAACAGUCCUGGUGGACUCGUGCCGACGAAGUCGACGCGCGUCUCCGUUUCGACCAAACCAAUGGGCCGAACGAGCCUCCGGUACCCCAAGUGAGUCACUACGUGUUGGUCGGUUUACCCCACCCCGUCAAAGGACCGGAAGAUUUGAACGGCACGAUAUACAUAUGGAAGCCGUCACAACCGCACGCGCCCCUGUUGACUCUACCGGCUCCCACCAAGAGCGGCGGUCUGCUGAAUCUGCACGUGCAGAAUUCUGCCGACGGAUGGAAACUGGCCACGGCCACGUUCGAACACGGACAAGGCUGGGAAAUGCGCACCUCGUUGAAGAGUUCCUUCGCCGGAACCAUGUAUCCGGUAGGCUACAGUGUCAUUCCCGAUAAUGUGGAGUACGUGGAAGACGAAGACGAACUGGACACCCUUAUGGUGCCCGCACCGGAGGUAGAUGACGAAAGUGACAACGCUGUGAGCGACCCAAUACCGAAAACACCACCUUCCGACCAGGAUUUCGAAACCGCGUUGCGACUAUCGUUGCUCGAGCAACAUGGCAAGCAAUCGGUAAGCUCGAAGCAAUCCCGCGAUCCGCAAGACGAGGAGGUGUCCGUCUUGGAUACCGACGAUGGUAGUGCGGACAAUCUGCUAUUACCGACCCGUCUCGACUUGCCUCUUUUGCAGUUUCUGCAACGAGAAUCGAACGAGACCGUAGUCAACCCGCUCGAACUAUCACCCCCCAGUGGUCACCCCAAGUCUAUCGUGAACGUUGUUUUUUCCAGUCUCCCGCAAUUUGGCUCGGUGAAACAGAUUUAUCGAGUUCAUCGUCGACAAGCGGAGGAAGCUGCCAUGAGGGAACAGUUGGCUGCUUCGGCGACAGCAUCGCUGACGACCAUGGCGGUGGUUCCUAAACCAAAAAGCAAACGAACCAGGACGGCCAACGUUGAAGCCUUAUUACAAGCUUCCAUUGAUCCGACGUUGCGUCGAAAAAUGCUGGCUGCCGGUAAACAGUGGGCGGAGGGGGACGGUAGUCGCCUUCGUGGCACCGAAUUGCAUCCGGACGCGGACGAUAUCAACAAGGGCAGCCUGGCGAAACCGCCCCCCACCAAGCAAGAAUUGGUAGAAUUGGCUUCCCAAGAAGAAAAAGAACUGGCGUUUGAGUUGCUUUGUUUGAGCCCUUCCAAGCCGAGUACUCCGAAAGCAGUACCCGACCACGAGGUAGAGGCGGGUCCAUUCGCAGUUCCCGAGCCAAAGACUUCCUCCUGGAAGGCCAACGGUACAGUGGCUCCGCCGCCUCCACCAACCGUGAUGAGCGCGUCAACCAACGUGGUGACCGCACUCCCCGAGCAUAGCCCACCGCGCAUUUCACGCGUUACGGAUGCAACAUCUCCAAUCUCGGUGUCCAAUGGUGUGCUCGCAACGCACAACCACGCCUGCCCGAUGUCUUGCGCGGCAUGCCGCGGGCGAAUGGUCCGACACGUCCGUGGGAAACGGGAAAAACCCGUAGACUAUGACGCCAUUGCUCGAAAAGAGCGCGAAAUCAAGGAACGAGAGGAAGCGGAAAAACAACGACUUAAGGCAGAAAAACGACGGGCGGCCGAAGCGCGACGACGGGAGGCUCGAAGACGGAAAAAGGAGGAAGAGGCAGCAAAACGGAGGGAAGAUGACGAAAAACAUCGACAAGAAUCCGAGCGGAUGCGACUAUUGGAGCAAGAACAGUUUGAAAGGGCACGAAUACUGGAGCGCGACAAUGAACCAGUCGCUCCAGCACCGAUGCCUACACCAAUUCAGUUAUGGACGGAAGAAAGUGUGCCACCACAAUAUGUUCCGCCUCCUCCUCCUCCUCCUCCUCCUCCACCACCGGUAGCUCUGGAACGUCCCACAGCAAUUCCCAGUUUUUCGGCCAUCAAUGCUGCGACUGUUGCGUCGACGUCUGAAAUAUUACCUUCAGCACGUCUUCCAGAUGAAAGAAGUAGCCUCACGUUCGCCGUCAGCGACGGCAAUGGUCAGGAAACAGGAGUACAUGGAUUCAGCCCAAAUAGUCCGGGAAAUAGCAAUGGGGGAAGCCCCGGCUUUCCGCUCCAUGUCGGUAGCCAGCCUCCUGUCUCGGCGUCAAAUAUUGAUUCUACAAGUGCUGGGAAUACUCAAGAGGGUCAGAGCCAGGAGCUCCAGGAGGCGAGCGAUCGGUUUCCGGGUCAAAGCGAGUUUCAAUCCCUGGACGCCGCAGAUUCGGGUCAAAACGAUGUUUUCCGUAGCGAAGGGACUCCGGGGCAAAGCUUGGAGAGGACUUCUUACAACACAAAGUGGGAUGGGGGAUAUCGUGGAGGCGCUCCACCGACUGAGUACUACCAAUCGGUGGAUGCAAGUCGACACAUUUCCACGGCCAGUCAUCAUAACCAGAAUGUUGGCACUGGAGACGACCAACCAUCACCGCACCAGCAGUACUGCCAAAGAGAAGAAUCAGUGGCGGCAAAAUCGUACAACCAUCGUUCUGGUACGGAGGAAAGCCCGGCACAUAACUUCCCCACGGUUCCUUUGGAAAAUGCGCCUCCGGUGAUUCACGUCUCGGACUUUGUGGCGUCGGAACCGCUUUCGACGAACGAUGCUUUGGCUGCUCUUGCUGGGCUCGCAAAUAGUAUGAUGCCCGAGGCAACCGAAGAGAUUGUCGAUUACGGUCAACAACCGUCCGGCAUUGCAAGCAGUGGAGUCGGCUGGAGCUACGGUGGUCAAGAAGAAGCAGCUCCCCGAAUAACGUACGACUAUGCUGGCUCGUCCGAUCGACGUUCGGCAAUUCUGGCCCAAUUCAAUGCGGAAAAUAAGGGAGAAACCACCGACAGCUCUUUGUAUCAGGCCUACGGAGCGUCUGAGAAUAACGGAUAUGCCAUUCAAAAUUACUCGGCUGCAGUAGACCAAGACUAUCACACGCCGAUUAGCGAUUCCACACAAACUGGCUACACGGAGUCGCAACAGCAGGAUGCCAAUCCAGUCUACAUUUCGCAAGCCCCUCACACUGCUUCGUCGGACUACGUUCAAAAACAGGAGCAGCGAAAAGAGCAGGGCGAUCAAUAAUCAGGGGACUUUUUGUGAACGAGCAGUACUACCAUCCAAGUAACACCUAUAGAUGUGCCGAAUCUGCCACGAUCUUUUGCCGCAAACAGAACAAGCCAUGAUAAGACUUUGUGUCUAAAACGCUCUGACGCUCUAAUGCUAUUGGUAGAUCACGUUCGGAAGGGCGCAGACGCGGAUUAGUGGUGGCGUAUGCGCUAAUCCGGGGGGCUAGAAUUAAACCAUGGUAAUGUUAGUUGUAUUUGCUGCAAAAACGAUAUAUUUGCUGUAUGUGUACAAAAGGUUGGGUGAAAAAUGUGUUGAUAUAACGUGUGGUGCGGACAACGUCUCACCAGAAGUUCAAUCGGGAAGCCAAGUCGCUUCCGACGCACACACAAGGCCUCACAGCCCCACACUCCCUACAAACAUUCAAUAGUAUAGUAUAGCCUCAUAAUCUUUGUAGUUCAUUGUUUUCCUAACUGC